GGGAGUAUAUACCUAUUUGGCUAGUUUCAUAAACUGUAUGCUUUUUAUUUAAUGAAAACAUGGAAAUAUCAGACACGGAAUUACAGGGAAAUAUAAAUUUUACUGAUUCUAAACUCGAAGAGUGUCAACAAUGUUCUAGGCCUUCUAUAGUUAAAAUUGAGAAGCCUGUUCGCCGCGUUUGGCUUAUAAAAGUCCCUCGAGACAUAGACUGGAAAAACCCAAAUCCAGGUGAAGUUCUUGGCAGCCUUCGGCUGUACCGUAAAAAGGAACUUCAGAAGACCCCAAAAAUGACUAUACACGUAGGUGGAAAACAAUAUCUGCUGAAAGAAAUAAAAUCGGAAAUGCAUAUAUCCAUUUUUUCUGAAAAAGAUGAUCAAGAUAUCCUUAUUGAAGGAAAUGUUGUCUUUCAAGCCUCUUGCACUCAUGAUUUAGAAGAUUACGAAUAUCAGAAAGUUCUUUUUGAAAGAAAAGAAAAGAGCGAGCAACGUGAAGUGCCGAAGGGCCUCGAGAAUGCCCGCCAAACGGUGAGCUCUUACAGUAAAAUCCACGACAUUAAACUGGAGUCCCAGAGAGAAAGCCGAUCUCCCAGCCAUAAAUACGUGAGGAAACCUGAAGACCAACUUCGAAGUGAGCUAUUUAGUUUGUUUGAAAAACAGCGUUACUAUUUAACAAAGGAUUUGAUGAGACUUACAAGUCAACCUCUGCAAUUCUUAAAGUCGGUCCUCCAGACGAUUUGCCAGCAACAUGGUCAGGGCUUAUUAAAGGACUGCUGGGAACUUCUGCCCGAAUUUCAAACUUCUAGUUAUGAUGAACAAUUAAAAAAUUUCGAGGACUAUGGUCAAAAAAAUUCCUAAAUUUUAAUAAAAUAGUUACCCAAUUGAAA